AUGGAAUAUCAGGUCAUUGCGCAUAAGCUGUCCGAGAAGGAUCGGAACCCUUUGCCGUUCAAGAUCAAAAUCUUCGCACCGGCCCAGAUCGUGCUCAAGUGCCGUUUCUGGUGCUUCAUGUGGCAGCUGUGGCAGUUUAAGAAGACCACCAGUGAAAACGUUUUGGUCAAGCGCAUCCUGGAGAAGACUCCACUGCGCCUCAUGAACUUAGGUUAUGACUGCGCUACGAUUCCUGCUGCAGUACGCACAACGUACUAUCACUCAGUGCUACAGCGACACGGCUUAGCGACUCCGUGCCCGUGCCCACUCCAUCCAAAUAAUCAACGUCAAAUAGUAGAAAACCUCCAAGACCCGUUGUGUUCAGCAGUUCCACGACUCGAAGAUCACAAGCGCUACCGGAAGCUUUUCUCGUUCUUCCAAUCGGCUACCUACUACCAGUGA